GCGCUUGUUCAGAAGGAACAUUUCCAGCUCGGAAGGCACCGUUACGGGUGUUACUGAUGAAUAUUUAAUGGAUCCGGAAUGGAGCUAGCAUUGGUAAGUUUUGAAAACGGUGGUGCCACAGCCAUCGGGAGUUCAGGCAGAGCAGGCAUCCUCAACCUGCCCCAAGACUCCUUUGAACAAUCUCCGGUAAACGAGGACCACAACAAAGAGAUCAACACUUGCACUGAUUUAAAUCACGACGACUGGAAAAUGAACGACAUGAAUGAUACGUGUAGCACGAGCGAGAAUGCUGUUGAUGUUUUGUUAAGGGCUGAUCACAGCCCCCAUCUUUUAGAGGAGGAUACCCUGGAGAUGGAUAUGGACAACGAGAGCAGCGAGCGGGUACUGAUCAACAUUGCUGGUCUCCGUUUCGAAACGCAACUGGGCACUCUCAACCAGUUCCCAGAUACUUUACUAGGAGACCCCGAUAAAAGAAUUAAGUUCUUUGAUCCGCUUAGAAACGAGUACUUUUUUGAUCGGAACCGACCCAGUUUCGACGGGAUAUUGUAUUUUUAUCAGUCGGGUGGGAAAAUCAGGAGACCAGUUAACGUGUCCAUCGACGUGUUUGCGGAUGAAAUCCGCUUUUAUCAGUUGGGAGAAGACGCGAUGGAGAGGUUCAGGGAGGACGAAGGUUUCAUUAAAGAAGAGGAGAAACCUUUGCCUCAGAACGAAUUUCAGAAACAGGUGUGGCUCAUAUUUGAAUAUCCCGAAAGCUCCAGUCCCGCUCGAGGAAUUGCCAUUGUGUCAGUGCUUGUCAUCCUCAUAUCUAUUAUAACGUUCUGCUUGGAAACCUUGCCAGAGUUCAGGGAUGAGCGAGAAUUACCCCCGGCCAUCAGGAAAACUAAUUCCACACAGGCACCCCAGUCAAAUACGCUUUCUGAUCCCUUCUUUAUUAUUGAAACAACCUGCGUAAUUUGGUUUACUUUUGAGCUGAUAGUAAGAUUUUUUGCCUGCCCCAGUAAAUCUGUGUUUUCCAAAAACAUUAUGAACGUUAUUGACAUUGUGGCAAUUUUUCCUUAUUUUAUUACCCUGGGCACCGAACUGGCAGAGCAACAAGUAAACAACGGACAGCAGGCGAUGUCCCUGGCGAUCUUGAGGGUGAUUCGACUUGUAAGGGUGUUUAGAAUUUUUAAGCUCUCCAGACACUCCAAAGGACUCCAGAUUCUGGGCCAGACUUUAAAGGCUAGCAUGAGAGAACUGGGCCUUUUAAUUUUUUUCUUGUUUAUUGGCGUCAUUCUUUUCUCCAGUGCUGUUUACUUCGCCGAGGCGGAUGAGCCUGAGUCUCAUUUUUCCAGCAUCCCAGAUGCUUUCUGGUGGGCUGUGGUAACCAUGACAACAGUCGGCUACGGAGACAUGAGACCUAUUACUGUCGGGGGAAAGAUUGUGGGCUCGCUUUGUGCGAUCGCCGGUGUCUUGACCAUCGCCCUGCCGGUGCCGGUCAUCGUGUCCAACUUUAAUUACUUUUACCACAGAGAAACAGACCAGGAGGAGCACACUAUGCUAAAGGACGAGCCCAGCAGCGGGCAAGCUACCCCAUGUAACGAACUCAGAAGGAGUCGGAGCAAAAGUUCACUAAACAAAUCAACCGAACACUUAGAGGUGAAUGAGGGAGUCAAAAACGGACGAUCCGUGGAGAAAGCCAGCUUGAAAGCCAAUAGCAACAUGGACAUUAAACGCUCCCUUUACGCACUGUGUUUGGACACAAGCAGAGAGACCGACCUAUAGAGCACUUCGCCACAUUAACUACAUAGAUACUUUAGAUGGUGUUUGAUAUUCGAGAUUACUUAUUUAUUUUUCUUUUCAUAGUACCCUUUAUAUCAAACACAUUUAUGGUAAAGAGUGCUGUUGGCGAUUGAAGGUGGGAAACAGGGGCUAACAGAUCCAACAGGUUUACAGUCGCGUCGUGUGUGUACGAAUGGACACAGUUAUGUAAUAACUAGGUUUGCAGUUCAUAUAGAAUCAUUGAUCACUGGAGCUAAACUCUUGAAUAGCCUAUCUGAAGCACACCGAAAAUGGACUUUGCACUUAAAAGCAACACGAGGCAAACUCGUUUUGUGGUAUUCGUUUUGAGGAGCAGUAUUCUAGCAUGUAAAUAACAAACACGUAUAUUUUGUGAACAAAUGUUAAUAUAACGUUUAAGCAUAUAUUUUAAAUAACGAUGUGUAAUUUUUUUAAAGGAACGAAGCCUCUGAUACAAAUUCAUACGCUUUACAGCAGUAGCACAUACAACAUAUGAAAAAUCUUUUGUAUUGUCAAUAUUACUUAUUUCAUGCAAGUCUGCGCAUUAGUGUGAAUUCUACUUUGUGGUCUUCUGGUGCUGUCCGAUUUAAACUCUGAAAAGAAAAAAAAAAUAUUAACAGAAUUCGUUUGGUCUUAUUCUCUUGUUAUAGUUGAGCCUUAACCUUGUUAAGAUGUGCGACCAAUCUCUUAAGUGUGAGCGGAUGAUUCUGGUCUUUGUCUAGCACUGUGCACGCUGUAAGUUACGGAGUCCAGCAUUUAGUAGGCAACAGUUGGCUAUACAUAUCAAAUACGAGGCGGGCACGCACACACACCUAGCGUGUUUCCUGGGCCUGACGUUUUAUAUUUCUUUCCUUACAACGAUAUUUAUUCAUUUAUUAAGAGAUAAUAUAUGACGAUCGGGGCAGAAGCAGAAACGCGCACUUUUUUAUAUGCGGUAAAUUACUUUUUUACAGUCACAUAAUAACUCUAAAUACUUGUGUUUGAAAACUGUACGGAUUUCCGAGAAGAAGGAGUUGCACUUUUUUUCUGACAAAAUGUAUCUAUUUUGGCUGGAACCUGUUAUUGUGAACUUCAUCACAAGAAACAAUUUAAAGUUUUGCAAACGCCUUCAUCUGGGUGAUGUUUCAAAUGAUAUUUUACAGUGUGUAUUUUUUAAUGGGAAAAGAAUGCUUCAGAGGGCACAAGGAACAAGCAUUUGCCCCUUUCAAGCAGCCGUGCUAAACACAGGGGAAAAAAACUGCUGACCUAAACGGUGAUCAGGAAAGGAAAGAAAGUGGCUUCGUGGGUAAAGACGCUCGCUCUGAUGCACUUUACAGCCUGCCUCGGAACCUUUACGGGGUUUUGAACUUUACAUCUGACCCACGGCAUUGAACAAGACGUGCAGAAACAACAAGAAAACGUGAAACGUGCUGAGAUACAAUGAAAUCCCCCGUCGCCGCACAGCUGGUAACGGACUAGAGAUAUUGUGCCAGCUGAAAAUGCCAAGGUACACAUUCCACAGUAAAAGACAUAACCUCAUUGUGCUGCGGGAAGAAAUCCUGUUCAUCUGAAUUACGCAUGGGAUGCAGCAAGUCACUAUGAAGAUACUACUGGAACCUGUUUUGGCUAUAAAAUGAUUAUAGAAUGUUGAAAGAUAUCAUUUGUUUAAAAAAUGUUUGGGAUUUGAGUCUAUGUGGUUAGAGAAUAUGUUUAGGGUUUUCAGUUUUUGAGGUUUUUCUUUAUGUUUUAGAUGAAUAGGUCUAACCAUUCAGAAAUGUCCCUCAGGGAAUAUUGAAGAUUUCCACAGCCACACGUAAACUUUGCAAAUCAAGCUCAAACACCAAACUGCAUAACAAACAAGUUAUUUGAAACUUCCCUCCAAAAUAUAUGGAUAUGCUUGCUAAAAUGGUGCCUUUCUUAAUCUACUUUCUAAAGUACAAAAGACCAAUAUUGUAUCACUGCCAUUGAACAGCUGGGCUUUCAGAGAAUUGUAAGGGAGAUUAGGUACUUGUGGAAUUGAUAUAUUCUCCAGCCUGACUUCUUUUAAAUGAUUAGCUCUCUUUAGAGGCACAAUUUCGUCACUUUAAAUCAAAAGAAUACAAAGUAUCCUACAGUAUCUUUAAAAGAUACUGUAUCUUUUUUGACAAUCAAUGACUACAAAUCUACAAACAUUCCUUAAUAAAAAUGACUGCCGUUGCACCUAUUUACGCACUCAACUUGUUUUGAGUGACUUUAUAGCACAUGAUUUUCCAAUGGCAGAUGUCAUUGGUUGAUUGUUUUCAAAUUGGGAAACUAGAAGUCUGAUAGCAUUUAGCCAAUGCAAAAGAACAAAUGUUUCAACUUCAGUUGCACGUUAAUUAUUACUUGAUGCUAGAGGCACAAAACUGGAUUUGGGAACCCUUUUGGAUAAAUCUUUAUAAAAAAACAAACAUUAAUUUCUUUGUUCAUGUAAACUACACUCAAAAGAUUAUGAAAACUCCUCACUGGCUAUACCUAUAAGUUUGAUUCUUUUAAAGCAGUCUUUCCUUGAGGCUUCAUUUAGAAGGCGUGUGUGUUUUUAGGGUCUAAAUUCACAUUCUCCCCAUGUGAGGUGAGUAGAUGGCUACAAAAGUAUGAGACACUGCCAUCAGUGGUUUCAAGUAGCCCAUUAAAUACAGAAUGACAGCUGGGCACCAGAGGGGACCAUAAUCCUCAGCACACUGGACAUAGUAACAGGAUCUUUGGACUUAAGACAUUGAUCUGACAUUCAAACACAGCAACAUACUGUACUGUGCUGUCAAUCUUUAACGUCCCAUAUGUAAGUAAAAUGCAAAUGAUCCUGAUGUUUCAAAUAUAACUAUGUGUUAGAUUCAUAUCAGACAGAACAGGAUCAAUAAUGGCAUUAAUCUCAUUAGAGUGUGGUUCUCACGCUCAUCUUUGAGGAAAUCCAUUGUGGUUACAAACCUUCAUAGCAAACAAUUUUCUAAUCAGUGACUUGUUUCCAAUUUUAACUUAACAUUGUUUAUUUAGCUGGGCCUUUUUUCUUUUUAUUCUCUUUUAUAUUUCUUAACUUUUUAAGAGUUUUAUUUGCCAACCCCUUUCCUAAAACGCUGCAGCUGAACCCUGUUUUUAUUAUAACCAAUUUUCACUUUAAAGACUAAUUCUUGUGGCUACAGAACAAGGAAUUUAAUUUGAUUUUUGGUGACUUAUGUGUGUUUUCUGCCUGCUUUGUUAGAACAGUAUAUUUUACUUUUCUGGUAAAACCAAUGAAAUGUUUUAUAGAGAAGAAGAAUAGCAGUUACUCAUCGUUUCAUCCCGUCUUUCCUAACACUGAUUAAUGCAUAUAAUUAAUCAUGAUUAAUACAUACAAUUCAAAUUUUCCAAAAUUAGCCAUUUAGACUUGGCUACCCUUUUUUGUUCCUGCUUGUUAAUUAAUUGUCUAGUGUUUAAGAAAAAUAUCUUUAACAUUCAAGUGAAUUAAAAUUUAAUUAAUAAAGGAGAUUAUGAAUAUGUUCCUAUGCAUUAAAAGCCAUGACAGAAAAAAGGUAACUUUCUACAUUUCAAAAACAAAUCAAAGUUUGAUUACUUUUCAUUUCUGAUAUUACAGAAGGAAAGGUAUCAGAUAAAACAAGAACUUUAUAUAACGACAAGGAAAGGAUAAGCAGGUUAGAAAGAAAGAUGGAUGGACAAAUGGACUGACAUUAGUUCAAGACUCUAAUUUGAGCCAAAACUUGCAAGCCAAGAGCUUUUCCUUUAUUUUCUUAUAAAUUCACUUUACCUCUGUGGAACUAGUGACAAUUAGAGAGGAGCAGACACACAUGCAUAAAAAAGAGGAGCAAUCUCCAACUAUUUACUUAUUUAGGAAGUAAUUGUAUCAUUAAACAAAAUAAAUAAGAAGGAAACCUGAGAAAAAAAUAAUAUGUACUCAUAUAUAAAAUGCUUUUGUUAAAUUUCAAUUAAAAGUGAAUAAACCCUUUUGGCAAUUUAUGACACAGUAGAAGGAGAAGCAGGAAAAUAAGCCAAAAUUGAUUGUACAGGAAUUUUUUAGCCAAAGUGUUACCCAAGAGCUGAGCCUGAGAACCACAGCCAUAAAACCAAAUUGGUACCAGAGAAAUUACAAUUAUGCUAGAUUGGCAAAUAGUGAUUGAGGUUUAAAGAUUCAUCAAAUAUCAAAAACUAGCAGAAACAUUUAUGUUCCGCAAUUAUUUUCUUCAUAUAUCACUAACGCAGGAUACAAAAUGUGGCCAUCUCAAACCUUUAGGGUCCUAGUAGCUGGGUAUUUCCUGUGGGGAGUUUUCUUUGUGCAUGUGUAGGAGUCUUUUGAUAUCUCCAGUUUUCUUCUGCAGUCAGAAGACAUACUUUUAUAACUUAAGACCAAUUUUGACAAGAACAGGCUUCUUAGCCCAACAGGCUUAAGAUUCUUUGCAUCUUCAGUCUACCCCAGUGUUAGUGUGUAUAGCCAUGUUUGUAUGAAACUCAUGAUAGGAACUAAUGCAGAGAAAUACCUGCCUUGUGCCAGGUGCUGCCAAUGUACGUACUCACUCGCUGUGAACAUGAAUUAAAAAAAUGGGUUAAAAAAAUGGAUACAUUAUAUUAAACAAAUGUGCACAAAAACAAUUAAAAUGACUAUUAUAAUGUGAAGUAGUAAAACAUACUAUUGCAAUGAAAUACACUGAUAGAAAUAUUCUGACACAAUGGUAUUUUUGGAAAGCCCUUAGAUAACAAAAAUUGUAUUUUUAAAUCUUUGUAAUGAACUACAGUGCUGUACUUAUAAUCCUGUACACUUUAGUAAAAUUAUUGUGUCAUCAAAUAUGUAAACAGUACCUUGAUGUAACAAUCAACAGAGAAAUAUACAGCAUUAAACAAAACCAUGUAGAACAUAAGUUGAUAUCCUAGAACAUAGGAAGUUUACAAAAAGAUAGGAGACCAUUCAGUCCAUCAGACUUUUUAAGAUAACUAAUAGCUAAGCUGUCUCAAUAUGUUAUCCAGGUUUCCACUUCUGUAGUUUGUUUCAGAUUCCCUCAACUCUUCUGCUGUAAAGGUACUUUAAGUUUUUUUUUUGUAAUUGCUUCUGUACAUUGCCUAGAGAAUAAUGACUUAACCUAAAUCCCUAAAUUAUGUUAGGGGAGAGCUUCCUGUAGAACAAUGUCACUCAUCUUGCAUUUAUAAUGAAUACUUAUUUUGCCUGAGUGUAGCACUCUACACUUUCUACUGUAUUAAAUUGCACUUUCCAAAUAUUUAUUUUUUCAUAUUUAUGGCAUACAAUAAUUUGCCAUGGGCAAUAGUGUUCUUAAGUGGAGCAUUUUAAUUUUUAUUUGGUGCAUACAUGAAAAAAAUCUUUUGAAAAUUGGUGAAUAUGUCCACUGUGAAGUAGCAAAGGUUUUAAUUUCAGAAAAUAUGCCUUCUGUGUUUCUAGGAAUGUUUAUGACAACCAAAACUACACAUAGUACUCUAGAUGAGGCCCCAUCAGUGCAUUAUAAAGCUUGAGCAGAACCUCCUUAGAUUUGUACUCUACAC